UCCCGGCGGACUGUGUGGAAGUUUCCCUGCAAGUUGAGAAAGACAGAAUGGCUGCAGAGACCAGAGCGGCACAAGUAACUGAGAUAAAGGGGAAACCAAAACCCGAGAUUUACGCGUGAAUGUGUUGGGGUCUUCCAUUCAAUUAAACCACGAGCUCCUGUCGGCGUUUUGGGGAUUAACACCAAGAGUGACGUAUGUCGUUAUGGCAGGCUCCAACUACUGAUGGACCUUUGGACUCAGUGGAAACCAGAAAAAGACAUCAUUGACUGACUGAGCGGAGACUGCACGCCCGCCCCCCUGCUACACACACACAGCCCCUAUGCUCAUCAGCCUGACGGUGGAGUUCAAGGAGUCUCGGGCCUUUCAUGGAACACAGCCUGCCCACCCCGCCGUUGCCCCUGACACUGCGGGAGUGACAGCCAUGGAGUCGCGUCCGCCGCCGGUCGCCUCUCCACCGCCUCCCCAGACGACUCCACCGCCACCACCUCCACCACCUCCCCCUCCGCCCCCUCCGCCACCACCUCCUGGGUCCUCCUCGCCUUUCAGCCGGGCCGACAGCGCCCGGCGGAGCCGGCUGAGGAAGCUGAACUGGGAGCGCAUCCCCAAAGAGAAGGUGGAGGGGAGGAAGAGUGUGUGGAACGGGGCGGCUCCGGGCGAGGACGAGUUCCCCAUCGACCUCCACUCUCUGGAUGAGCUCUUUAGCCAGAAGGACAGCAAGCCUCCGGACAGAACCAGCACCCUGAGACGCCGGUCUGCUCUGCUGCGCUGCCGAUCCCCGCAGGACGGCUCAGAAGAGAUUUCCCUGUUGGACUCCAAACGCAGUAUGAACAUUGGAAUAUUUCUACGGCAGUUUAAGAUGCCUGCAAAGGAGAUAGUGGAGGACAUCAGGCGCGGCGCUGGGGACCGCUAUGGAGCAGAGAAGCUCGCAGAGCUCUGCAAACUAUUGCCUGACAAGGAGGAGGAGUCCCGGCUGAAGAGGUUCAGUGGGGAGCGCAGUUGGCUUGGAGAGCCUGAUCGUUUCUUGCUGCUGUUGGUGGAAGUCCCCAGUUUUCGGCUUCGUCUGGAUGCCAUGAUCCUGCAACAAGAGUUUGACCCUGCUGUGACCUCUCUGUGUGUGGCAGCCAGAUGCCUGAGGGAGGCGGCCAGAGAGCUGCUGAGUUGUCCUGAGUUACACUCUAUCCUCCGUUUGGUGCUGAAAGCAGGGAACUACAUGAACGCGGGAGGAUAUGCGGGGAACGCUGCCGGUUUCCGAAUUUCAUCGCUGCUCAAACUGGCUGACACCAAGGCCAACAAGCCGGGUAUGAAUCUGCUGCAUUUUGUUGCAAUGGAAGCUGUGAAAAAGGACCAGAGUUUACUGUCGUUUCCCAGCCAAAUAGACCAUGUUGGCUCUGCCUCCAGGUUGAGUGAGGAGUCUGUGGUGGAGGACUUGUCCAAGUUAAAAAGCAGAAUGGUGGCCCUCAAGGCAAACCUCCAAACUGAUGCAGAGAUUCAACAGUACACAAAGCUUUUCUUGGAGGUGGCUGAAGAGCGUCUGAAGGAGGCAGAGGAUGAGGUGGAGGGCAUGAGGAUGUCUAGUCAAGCUCUGGUGGAAUUCUUCUGUGAAGAUGACACCUUCAAACUAGAGGAAGCAUGCAGGGUCUUUCAUUUAUUUUGCCUGCGUUUCCAACGAGCUGUCAAGGAGAAUGCAGAGCGGGAGCUGAAGGAGCAGAAACGUCUGGAGCGCCAACAGGACAUGGUGGAAAAGCGUCGCUCCCUGGCUGUUUGCACGGGUCUGGACCCAAGCCUCAGCCUCGCCAGAAAGCCUCAGAGUCAGGAGAACCAAGGGGAGCUGGAGAAACUGCUAGAGAAGAACUUGAGCUGCACCUGGAGUCGACGUAGCCUGAAAAGCUCUGAGUCCCGCAGACACUUCCAUCACCUCAACAACGACGGUCAUCUCCACAGCUCAUCCGUGCUCAAGAAAUUCCCCGAGCUCGGCAGCAGCCCCACAUCAACCAGUUAUCACUCCAACAGCUCUUACGACCACGAGACCGCCGCCGUACUUUGUAGCUCCCCAGAGAGCGAUGGCACAUGCCUCCCCAUCGAAGAGCCGGCCAUGGGUCAAGGGAGCAGGCCUGAGAUCAAGUGGUCUACAAACAGAAGCAGGGACGCGGUUCCGGACCCGCACAUCGCUGUGUUCGUUCACUCUCCGUCCAGAUGUGGCCCCACUGUCAAGCAGCUCGGGCCUGAGAGCAUCUCUUAUGUGCAAGAAGGCCAGUCGAAGACGACAGGACUUCAAAAAGAAGCUGAGAUUUCACACAUAGUUUUGACGACCGCUGAGUCUUGUAAAAACUCUGCUGCUGAACCAACCGACAAACCCGUCCUUUGUGUUAAAAACCAAACCCCCAUUCAUACGCAGAGAUUUGGCUUGCCAGGUACAGACGAGACUCGGACAGUUCAGAGUAGACCUAAUGGCUCUGGUGUGAAUGAGUCUCCUCACACACUUUCUCACAGUGGCAACAGGACUGGGACGUUGGGCUACCAGAUGUCUGGCCAGAUGUUACAAUCAUGCGUAAACGCUCCAGAAAGGCUUCGGCCCCAAUCACAGGCGAGUGAGACGCCCACGACAAGCGAUGUGAUGCCUCUGCCUGAUGUGGGUUUAACAGAGCCCGCAAACACAGAAGGGGCGUCCACACCUGUGGAGGGAGAAUGGAUGCCCUCCAGUCAACCGGAGUUCAGCAAACCACAGAGAGAGGAGUACUCCGAGUUGCCAAGUCCUGAGAGGGAGGCGGCGGGGCCGUACUCCCGCGUGGGCGGAAACCUAGAGUGCCACACUCUGGUGAGAGGCCUCCGAUCCUAUGAUGCCCUGUCACCCUCAACCUCCCCGCUCCCACGACCCGCACCGAGCCUCUGCUCCAAGUGGAGGAAAGAGAGGGAGGGCGGCCUCCGAGCAGAGGCAACUCCGGGGUCUCCUACCUCAAAAGAGGAGACUCCAAGCGUGAAGAUCCCUGUGCGAAGUGGAAUAGGGGCUAAAAGGGGACUGGUGUCCCGUGUAGGACCUUCCUAUAGCGCGAGCAUUCCCAGGGUGCGCUCCAAAACCGAGCCCUCACAUGGAGCUCCGACCUCCACGAACCCACCCAACAGGCUGUCCAGUCCUCGCAGCACAUCCAUGCGCUCGUCGCGCCCUGUGGCGGCUCAGACAGAUGUUAAACGGAGCAGUAGCACGCGGGAGAGGACUGCACGUGAGACCCGCACCGCAGGCACUCCUGCCUUAACCCGUGGAACCUCGGACAGGUCCGAACCGGAGAAGGUCUCAGGCAGCACCCGGCCAGCAUUCGUCAGGGGAACCCCUCUGCGCGUGCCGAAAAGACUCGCCCCGACCGCGGAGACUCAGGCGCCCUACCAGCCUCGCACCGCCCACGGCCCGUUCUCCGCCACGGCCAAGACCAUACGCACGGCUGUCAUUUCUGCCGCCUUGAAUAAAACUGCCAAGGCGACAAGCACCAGCCCCUCUCCUGCUACCUCUAAAAUCCCCACAGUUUCUAGGAUACCUGGUCCCAAAAUGCUGCGAGCUACCGCAGCUUCGCCAUUGUGGAGAUGAUGAUGAAUAAGUGCUUCUGAUUUAUUUUAAAGGCCUUUUCACACUUUUCAUGUGCUCGUCGAUUUCAGUCUAAUAUAAAAAGUGUUAAAUCCUACCUCCUUUUCACACACAUUCGUGUCCUUUGCAGGCAAUAGGAUACCACAAGACCAGCCGUCCUACAAUAACUCUUCAUAUACAUAGAACAGCAUUAAUAGGAACAGUAGUAAAUAGAUCAAUACUCGACCAGGCAGUUGAAAAACAUUACAUUUGGGAAACUGUUUCAAUCUCUUGACAAAAGUAAUUUUGUCCAAAUGUUUUGAAUAAUGUGACCCCCUCCGCUAAGUGAUCUUACUGUACAGUCCCACUUAACUCACCAAUGGACUGACCUGUUUGUCCUCUUGUGGAGAGGGCUCAUUGUUCUGAUGCACUUUAAAAUACCGCGAGGAGAUGCUUACUGUAAUUUUUAUAAUUUUGUAUCAAAAGAUUAUAUAACUUAAUUGAAUAGCCUUGGUUGUUAUUCACUGUAUUAUCUGGUUUUAUUAAAAAAAAAGAGAAGAUGAAUAAAGAUGGUAUUCAACGGUUUAAAUU